CAUUAUUCAAUUUAUUGUACAACACAAUAAAGUCAAAGUGUUGUUACUAAGCCUCUUGAUAAUGUGAAAUGCAGCCGUCUUUAGUGAGUGCGUCCGACACAUAACAAGAACAAUUAAAACAUCUAUGUUCUAGUUUGGGUGCAAAGAGUAAAAUAUGUUUUCUCUCAAAGAGCAGUAGCUCUCACUUGAAUCUUAUUGGCUAUGGGAGUUUCGAACACUCCGAUUAUUGUCACAUACACGAGUACAUAGGCGAUAGGAAGAAAAUCUCAAGACAAAUUGAGAUAAGACCAUAUCUUAAGUCAACAGGUUACAAGAAAUAGUCACUCUUACGAGCAUUGACACGUCAAGUUACAGGUCUCGAGGGAUUUAAAUCUCAUUACAUUUAAUAAUCUGUAUACAUGGACUUGCAAUGUCUCAACAUACUCACGAUCGCCAGAGUGGAAUAAAGUAUGAAAAUGAUGAGGAACCAAUUCGUCUCUUAAGAGGCAAGCUCUGUUUCGGGCUCGGAAUCACACCAUAUCAACUGAUUUUGAAUCUACAUCUAUUCACAACAAUUCAGAUCAUAUACGGAGGGAAACGGUAAACCCCCAUGCUCGUUAAGUAAACAUAUCAUCGAUACAUGAUCAGACGACGACAUUUUGUCCGAGGGCGAACGGGUUUUGAACUAAAUUUAAACGCGACAGUUCCAAAUGACCUCACUUAUACUUGAACUUAUCACCAGAUCUUUUUGAUUUUAUGACGGCAUCCAAGACCUCAGUUUUGGCAUGUAUAUUGAGCUUGAGAUUGACCGUUUCUUCAGAAGUGGGAACGUUUCCGAAACCGGUAUCCAUCGUUCCCCAACUUGUGAACGAGAUCCCUCACUUUGGACAAAAGUACUGGGCCCAAAUACUGCUUCCAUGUCUACAGUAUUGAAGAUAGGACAGACUCGUUUGGUGGAGGAUCUUGUUCAUGAGCUUGCUCUCGAGCUUCUUCGCAUCGCUACCCACAAUCUCGUUCACCGAGUUGCUUUCCCAGCUUUUCCACAAGAUUUCUGCUCGUGGGGAAUGAAUUGAGCGAGAGCGUUUAGAUUAUCUCUAGCUUUAAGCAUUCGAACUCCUUGACUCCUCAAAUCGAUGUGUGAAUCAACGACGAGUCACUAUUGGACUUUGAGAGUUGGACGGUCAAAGAUGAACUCUCAGGGAUUCAAAUCCUCUCUUCAUUGAUCUUUGGAACCUUGUAAUCCAGGCCAAAUCCCCCUGUCCUCUUCAACACCGGCAACAUUAUCAAUGAUAAUUGCAGCCUUGGACAUUGAGCCCGGCAACCUUCGAACUCUUUGCGUCAGGAUUUGAUUCACACGCUGCUUCCUUCACCUCGGGAAGAGGCAAGGUAACUUAACACAAUGAUGAGCGAGCUCCUCCAUCUCAGUCCCAUCUCCACGCUCAAAAUGGAACACACGGGCCUCGUCAUGCCCACUUCCAGUGGGUCUCUGACCACAACCUCACAAGGUGGAACAUACAGCGUGCUCACCAAUGUCAGUUUGAUGCCGACGGUAAUCAGCGAGGGUCACGCGCAUGAGGAAUACCUCAUCCAACCCAUGGACCACCAAUCCACAUCGUCGCACUUGGACUUGGGAAGUAGCCCUCCAUUGCCAGCGGACGACGAAGAUUCCAAUGAAGACAAUGGAUCGGGGACACCGGGUCUGCCCAAGUAUUGUGCCAUCUGUGGAGACAAGGCCACUGGCAAACAUUACGGGGCUGCCUCUUGCGACGGUUGCAAGGGCUUCUUUCGUCGAUCCGUCCGGAAACAGCAACAAUACACGUGUCGGUUUCAUCGGAAUUGCCAUGUGACAAAAAUGAAGCGGAACCAAUGUCGAUAUUGCCGUCUCAGUAAAUGCAUGAAGGCUGGGAUGAAAACGGAUGCCGUUCAACACGAGCGUGACCGCAUCAGCUCUAAGAAACGCUCAUCGGAAACGGAGAUCAGCAACCAAGCUAUCGCUGGGUUAUCGGUGAAGACUUUGCAAACAGCUGAGCAAUUGUCCCGUCAAGGUCAACAAGGCUACGACGUGAUCCCCAAAGAUCAGCUGGCAGAAUUGGACAUCUCGAAUAAACAAUUGGCCUCCAUUUCUAACAUUGGCGACUCCAUGAAGCAGCAACUUCUCAUUUUGGUGGAAUGGGCCAAGCACAUCCCAGUCUUCAGCAAACUUAGCAUUGACGACCAGGUAGCUCUUCUCAGAGCACAUGCGGGCGAACAUCUUCUCUUGGGUGUUACAAGACGAUCCAUGCACUUAAAGGAUAUUCUACUUCUCGGCAAUGACAUGAUCAUUCCCAAGGAUCCGCAAGAUUGGGGCAAUCCCUGGCUCAAUGAGACUCAGGUACUACAUAGCCGCUCGUCAGACCGCGAGGGCAAGGACGCCAAGAUCAAUAUUAGAUCCUUUGACACAGUGGUGAGACACAUUGGAAUGAGGGUUAUGAACGAACUCGUGGGUCCUUUCAAGGAGAUUCAAAUCGACGAGACGGAAUUCGCCUGUCUCAAGGCCAUCGUGUUUUUCGAUCCGUAUGCUCGCGGUUUAACCGAUAUCGACAAGAUCGAGAAGCUGCGGUAUCAGGUCCAGGUCAAUUUGGAGGAUUACAUCGCCGAUCGGCAAUACGACACGCGAGGACGUUUUGGGAAGAUCUUGCUCACACUGCCCAGUCUUCAAUCCAUCACUUGGCACAUGAUUGACCAAAUCAACAUGGCCAAGACGUACGGCAUUACUCAUAUAGACAAUUUGCUCCAAGAGAUGCUUCUGAGUGGGUCCAUUUAUCCGCAAGACUCCGGGAACACCACCAAUAACACCGAUUCACAAUCGUCUGACACCACUUGUCCAAGCUCGAGUCAGAGCACACUCAACACUAUUGGUCUGUCCUCGUUAGAAUCGUACGGCCCCCUUCAACCCAUAACCAAUAUUAUACAAAACUAGCAAAACAUUACUCAACUGGAAUAAAUAUUUUGUCAAAUAAUAAAUCU